AUGUCUCGUACUAAUGUAGUGGACAGCAAGCGACACCUCGCACAAGAGUCUGAGUCGAAUAGCGACAAGUCGCCCGAGGAGUUAAAGAAGACCAAGUCGUACGCUUCGCUGAAGAACUGGGGUCACGACUUCCUCAAGGCGCAAGGAAAAGAGAGUGGCGCAGCGAAGUCGAACGGGAAGUCGUCCAAAAAGGAGGGUGAGGACGAGGAGGAUGAGGUUGAGCAGGUUGAUAACGGCGAGACCGAGGAAGCUGACGAGGAGGUCGAGGAGAAGUCUGGUGACAAGCGGAAGAAUAACAGCGAUGAGAACGGGACCAGCAAGAAGCGACAGACACGUCAGGGCGAGGGCCAAGCUACCAAGGAGUCGGGAAAGAACGGGAACAAGAAGGAGGAGGCGGAUGAAGAGGAUGGUGAUGAGGAGCUGGAGGAUGAUGACGAGGAUGGCGGUGAUGGUAAGGAGACCACCAAGGGCCCCAAGAAGGGUGAUACCGUCAGCUGGAACUGGGGCAACGGCCAGCCUGAGGGCAAGGUGCUCGACGUCAAGGGCGAGAAGACGACCAUUGAGACAAAGCGCGGUAACGAGGUCACUCGCGACGGAAAGCCUGAAGAUCCGGCCGUGGUUUUGGAUACCGGCAAGUCGAAAGCCAUCAAGUCGGCGCACGAGCUGAACGAAUCAUGA